UUUGACAUAGUGGAUAUAGCAGAAACAAAUUGUGGUGAAAGCAAGGGGCAGUGGUAUAAAGACAAUAAGGAUAAAUUUCGUAUUCACUGUUCGGGUAACGGAAAAGGAACUGGAGUAGCCUUAAUAAUUUCAAAAACACUAAAUAAGUAUGUUUGUAAAAAAAGAGAAUAUGAGGGUAGAGCAAUUUGCGUAGAUCUAGUUCUUCCAAAAAAAAUGACAAUCUGCGUAAUGCAAAUUUAUUUACCAAUACCGUCACCUGCAAUAGAUCGAAAUAACAAUAGUCACUUACAAUUUCCAGAAAGGUAUAUAUGGAAAAGAGAUAAUUCAAACGAGAAAAGUAGAAUUGAUGCAAUUUGGAUGUCACACAGAUGGAGUGAUAAAAUUAUGUCAUGUUUCUUAGACAACAUCAAAUUGAUAACAAGUAGUAACCAUAAACUUUUAGAUGAGAAACGAUGGCUAAAAUUUGCAGAGUUGGUAACUGUAGAG